UGCAUGCGCAAAUGGCAGCGACGCAGAUCGGGCAGGCGACGCAGACCGGGCAGUGAGAUCAGCCCUGACUUAGCACUCUACGCCCACCUGACACAGGCUGAGCGAUGCAUCCUGGGAACCGCAGUUCAUCGUCCGCAGCCCUGCUGGAAGGUAGAAGAUAAAAACAACACAAAACAAAAUGGUUUCCGGUCGAGACUUUCACCAGAGAACGACGUUCUAAAGACACAGGCGGAAAACCCGUUUGUUCUGUGAAAGCUGAAGGAAAACGUGAACGCGAAGACGCAGUAGAACUACAACUCCCACGUCACCUACGUCACAACGUCACCAAAGGAGUGGAAAAAAGCGCAGCCGCUUCCGUGUUGUUCUCCUCGUCUUAUUUUGGUCCAGAGAAAACGGCUCCGGCGUCGGUAGAAUCUGAGCGUCAUGGUUGUUGUGUAAACGGAGCUGUGUCUUCUCCUUCUCCUUCUCCUUCUCCUUCCUUCCUCCUCCACGAUGUCGCUGCUCCACAGUUCCAGGAAAAAGGACAAGCGCGUCCUGUGCGGAACCUGCCCGGACCCCAAAUGUCAGGCUCGGCUCUUCUUCCCCGCUCACGGCUCCGUCAGUAUCGAAUGCACAGAGUGCGGCCAGAGACACGAACAGCGGAACCUGCUGCAGGUCCAGGAGGUGACGGACCCGGACGUGGUUCUGCACAACCUGCUUCGGAACGCGCUGCUCGGCGUCACCGGGGCCCCGAAGAAGGGAACCGAGCUGGUGAAGGUGAUGGGUCUGUCCAACUACCACUGCAAGCUGCUGUCACCGGUGCUGAGCAGAUAUGGGAUGGACAAACAAACGGGGAAGGCCAAGCUGCUGAAGGACAUGAACCAAGGUGAGAUGUUCGACUGCUCUCUGCUGGGAGACAGGGCCUUCCUGAUCGAGCCGGACCACGUGUCCACCAUGGGCUACGGCAAAGACCGCUCCGGAAGCCUGGUCUACCUCCACGACACGCUGGAGGAAGUCAAAAAAGCCAAUGGCAACAGAGAGUGUCUCAUCCCCGUCCACGUGGAUGGAGACGGCCACUGCCUGGUCCACGCCGUCUCCAGAGCGCUGGUGGGCAGAGAGCUGUUCUGGCACGCCCUGAGGGAGAACCUGAAGCAGAAUUUCAAGCAGAACCUGAGCCACUACAAAGCUUUGUUCCAGGACUUCAUCGACUCUGCGGAGUGGGAGGACAUCAUCAACGAGUGCGACCCCCUCUUUGUGCCACCUGAGGGCGUGCCGCUCGGACUGCGCAACAUCCACAUAUUUGGUCUUGCCAACGUCCUGCACCGGCCAAUCAUCCUGCUUGACUCGUUGAGUGGAAUGAGGAGUUCCGGCGACUACUCCGCCACCUUCCUGCCCGGCCUGGUGGCCGAGGAGCAGUGUCGGGGCAAGGACGGGAAGCUGAACAAACCGAUCUGCAUCGCCUGGAGCAGCUCCGGCAGGAACCACUACAUACCCCUGGUGGGGAUAAAGAACACCAUGCUGCCCAAGCUGCCCGCACGCCUGCUGCCCAAGGCGUGGGGCGUUCCACAGGAACUCAUCAAGAAGUACAUCAAACUGGAGCAGGACGGGAGCUGCGUGAUCGGGGGCGACCGCAGCCUGCAGGACAAGUACCUGAUGAGACUGGUCAACGCCAUGGAGGAGGUGUUCAUGGAAAAACACGGCAUCCACCCGUCACUUGUGGCCGACGUGCAUCAGUACGUCUACAGGAGAACCGGUGUGAUCGGCAUCCAGCCGGAGGAGGUGAUCGAGGCGGCCAAGAGGUCGGUGAUUGAGAACCGGCUGCACCGCUGCCUCAUUUGUGGCGCCCUGUCGGAGCUGCAUGUCCUGCAGGAGUGGCUGGUUCCUGGGGGGAAGCUCUACAACUUAGCCAAGUCCACGCACGGCCAGCUGCGUCCGGACAAGAACUACAGCUUCCCACUCAACAACGUGGUCUGCUCUUACGACCCCAACAAGGACGUGCUGGUGCCGGACUACAAACUCAGUUCCUUCAACACCUGCAACUGGUGCCACGGCACAUCGGUCCGACACGUACGUGGCGACGGCUCGGUAGUGUACGUCGACGGGGACAGAACCAACGCCCACUCCCAAGGGGGUAAAUGUGGGUGUGGCUUCAAACAUUACUGGGAUGAAAAGGAAUACGACAACCUCCCUGAAGCCUUCCCCAUCACCCUGGAGUGGGGCGGCCGCGUGGUCCGGGAGACGGUGUACUGGUUCCAGUACGAGACCGACUCUGCGCUGAACAGUAACGUCUACGACGUGGCCAUGAAGCUGGUCACCAAACACUUCCCCGGGGAGUUUGGCAGUGAAAUCCUGGUCCAGAAGGUGGUGAACACUAUUCUGCACCACACCGCCAAGAGGAACCCCGACGAGUACAACCCGGUGUCCAUCGACGGCGCUCACGUCCAGCGUCUGAAGGAUGCCGAAGAGGUUCGACCGGCAGCGGCGGAGCCUCAGCCUCCGACCAAAAUAAUCCUGACGGGUCAGAAAGCAAAAACGCUCCACAAGGAGGAGCUGACGAUGAGUCGGGCGGAGCGCAGCCUCCAGCAGAGCAUCAGCGAACAAGCCUCCGUCGCCCAGAAACGACGGACCGAUCAGCUGAAGCAGGAGCAAAGAGGCCACUGUCGAACCAAGUCUUCCUCGUCUCCGCCCAGCGGCUCGCCGGCGACGUCCUCCUCCUCUGCUCCGGCCACACCCACCAAGUCCGCUUCAUCCUCUCCUUCCUCCGUAUCCAACAAGGAGAAGAAGAUUCGCGUGACGACCAGCGAUGGCAGGCAGGCCAUGCUGACGCUGCAGCCUCAGACCACCUUCUCAGAACUCCAGCGGAGCGUAGCCAACCAGUUUGGCGUGCCAGCAGCGAGGCAGUGCAUACGAUAUGGCUUCCCACCCAAAGAACUGGCCCCACCCAGGGACGGCGAGGAAAACGAGCCCUUGGUGCUGCAGCAUGGUGACAGGGUUACGGUGGAGAUACUGAAGGGCCCCGAGGGCCGUGGCCCCGGCCCCGCCUCCGUCCCCAGAGCCUCCAGUUCAAACCCUAUCCUGGACCCAGUGAACAAUGAGGACAAUAGGACGUCCAGCAGGAUGAGCAGCCGUGAACUGCAGGACAACAUCGACCUGGAGAUGUCCUCGCUCUGCCUUCUGGCAACACUGAUGGGUGAAGAUGUGUGGUCUUACGCUAAGAAGCUUCCACAGUUAUUCCAACAGGGCGGCGUCUUCUACAACAUCGUGAAGAAGGACAUGGGUCUGAAUGAUGGUAAACACUGCACUUUGCCUCAUCUGACGGGGAAGACGUUUGUCUUUAAUGAAGCUGAGCAGCGUUUGGAGCUGUGUGUGGACGCUGCUGGACACUUCCCCGUCAGUCCUGAUGUAGAGGAGCUGGUGAGGGAGGCCGUGGUGCAGCUGCGCACAGAACCGGCGGCCACCAGAGGCAGCAGAGAGUCCAGCCCGGGGCAGAGCGCCCUGAGGCUGGGCAGCGGUGGCGUCGUCCGUAAGAAGGAACCUCUGCAGAAUGUGGCAGCCUUCCAGGGCAAAGGGCAUUCUCUGGGCAGCGGCGUAGGCUCCUCCCCUUCACCUGAGCACCGGCCAAUCACACGGCAGCACAGUGGCGGCGUGGACCUGAGUUCCAGCGUGUCGGACGUCUCCGCUGACGCCGGUGGAGAGCUGGUGCGCGUGGCGCCAGGUUUUGUAACGAUGAAGGACGGCCGCGGUCUGGACCCGAGUCUGAUGGAACAACAGCGUAGGAAACUGCAGGAGAUGGUUUCUUCAAUCCAGGCCUCCAUGGAAUGUCAUCUGCGUGAGCAGCAGAGCGCCACCGCCUCCGUCGCUGCUGGUGAUGGAGCCGUUAAGGAGCGGGCCCAGGAGGAUCGGUCAGCUGACGGAUUACCUUGUGGGGAUCUGGAGGAGUCGGACGACAUGGAAAGUCAGGAAGCUGGACAGGGUGGCGCCACCGAGCCCAUGGAUCACUCCUGAUCGCAACCUCCCCCCCACCCCCAAGCUAUAACCCUACUAUCAUGGCUAACAUCUUUGUGUCAUUUCGCAGCAGGUGGGACGCCAAAGUCGGUCUACGUCGCGUUUCCUUGUCUUUACUGCAUGACUUAAGUGUAGGACGCCGUCCUCGUCUGUCCUCGCAGAUCUUCAGGGGCAGGACAGGAGGUGAUGAGAUGACGCGUGAGACACACUUUAUUUGAUGUAUUGUCAUUGGCCGUGGUUUGUGCCUCAGCUGGCGGCGUCACGUAGACAAAUUAUUAACUCCGUUUUUUUACAACACCUUCUUCUUUUGAGUUUGUAGCAACGGAAUAAACGAAUGUCCGUAAACCCUGAGGUAGGACAGCACACGAAGUUUCAUCAACAAUCAUCGGAGUAGAGUUUUCUUUAUAUUUUGUUGUAAAUCGAGUCUUAAUCAAAGGCCGAGCUGCAAAGAGCGCCCCCACAGGGCAGCCUACAUUAUAGCUUAAUGUUAGCUUCAUCUUUUCUUUUCUCAUGUUUGGAAGCACAGGCGCAAUUGCACCACCCACUGAUGACAGAUGCCCCUGUUGGUGAAGAGAGGUACUGGCUUGAAACGUUUGACAUUUUUACACUGCUGAUUCAGACUCAAAGUAGAGACUAGUGCCACCUGUCUGUGAGGUUUGCAGUAUUUUUUUUUAAUCAGAUCUUUAGUUUUUUUUAAUGAGGGAAUUCCAAGUUACUCUAGAAUGAGACGACAGAACUAGAACGAUGGAAUAAUUCCACCUCAACAUUGUUAUUAUUUACAAGAAUCCAAAUUUUCACUAAGUGGCAUUUAGCAGGUGCAAGUGAUUGUUCUAGGGGAGCUAUAAUUACCCUCCCAGGUAAAACAAAUGACAAAAAUAUUUGCCAUUGUUCAGUGUUAGCAGCUGUGCUUCAGAACUGUGUUUCAUUUAUUUAUUUAAUCUCUGAUUUUCUCCAUGGACUUUGGUCUGAACUAAAAUCUCUGAUUUUCUCCAUGGACUUUGGUCUGGACUAAAAUCUCUGAUUUUCAGGUUUUUCUUUCUGCACCAGAGCUAAUGUUCAGUCUAUAAACUGAAUUCAGCCUCUGCAUCAGGGUGGUUCCAACAGCAGGGGGUGCUCUUAGUGCAGUCAACUCUGCCUGAGUCACCUGAACAAUGUUUUGUUCUAAUCCACUGGAGAGGUGACGUCACCCAGAAAUUAAACAGCAAACAUUUCACUUUGUAGAGAAACCACUUCCUGUUCUUCACUUCCUGUCAGCGCUGACUUUAGUUCCUGGUGUUUGGACUUUGCUCUGGUUUGCUAAUCCAAUAAAACAUUUAACUUUGAGCUCAGACAUGGCUGUGCAUGUGAUCACUUUUCAAACCACAAUAAAAACCAAAACAAAGCA